AAAGCAAGGUCGUUAUACAUCGCAAGAAAUAACACAAGUAGAAAUGAUGUAUGAAGAAGCACACCAAGUAGAAAUAAUACAAGAUGAAUUAUUACAGGAAGAUAAGACUAUGCAAGAGGCUACUAUAAUGCCAAAAGAGAUUGUGAAAUAA